AACACCACCACGAUACCCCAGUCCCAUCUGUGCACUCUCCCUCUCCCCGGUACACUAUGCUGGGGAUGAAGAGCUCGAGCUACUACAUCCCCCUGUCCAACGGCAAUGGACAUGCCCGUGGCGACGGCAAUGAGAGCUGGACGCCGGGCAAAACGCCGCACAGAAAGACGCGGCGGAAGGCCCUCUUCCCGCUCGCUCUCGCUUCGCUCCUCAUAGCCUCUGCAUUGCUCUUCCUCUUCUCCUUCUUCGGCAAUGGCCCGUCACCGCAGCAAUCGACAUGCGAGAGAAAAGUGCACCUGCUGCUGCCCGCCACACAAGCCUCGCCAAGAUUCUGCAGGACGCUCGCGUCGGCCAUCCUGCAUGGAUACGAUGUGAGUGUCAUCAACUGGGGCGGUAGCACACAUCACAGCGCCAAAAUCUUCGGCACACUCGACUACCUCGAGAAACACACGUCUGUCGCUGGGCUGUCGCGGAAUAGCAGCGACCCUAGCGAGAUGGAUGACAGCGAAGAAAAAAAGGCGAAAAUGAUGGCCAGAAGAGAAUGCCAGGACAUUGUCGUCGAAGUCGACGCAUACGACGUCCUUGUUCAGCGUCCUGCCUCGUACCUCAUCAAGACGUUCGAGGAACAGGCAAACAACGGGCAUGGAGGGGCGCCCAUCGUCUUCAGUGCCGAAAAGGGUUGCCAUCCGCCCGAUGAAGAUUGGUGCAACCAGGUGCCCGACUCGCCAAUCCCGCAACACAUCUACGGCCCUGAUACGGACCGACGACCGGAUCGGCUUGAGCUCAACCGCGCACGCUGGCUCAAUAGCGGCUUUGUCGUUGGGUAUGCGCCCGACAUGCUCCGGCUCUACCGGGCCGCCGCCGAUGAGGCCACGAGGCGCGAGGGGACCUUUACCGCGGACCAGAGCAUCUUUGGUCCCUUGUUUGCGUCCAACGAGUACAACGUGACGCUCGACUACACAUCCAAGAUGGCCGCGCUGUCCUUUUUCUUUGGCGACGAGAUGUUCUUUCGACCGACGUACCUCACGCCGCGGCGACCUCGGCUGCCCCGCUUUCCUUCGUCGGGCGAGGAGGCAGACCACCAAGCGUGGGAAGUAGCGCGGGCAAAGGUCGUUGACGAACACGAGCGGCGGCGCAGCGAGCUCAUGGACCAGUUGGGCGCCGACGCGCCUGAGAUGCGCCUCCUCUCUCCCUCGUUCUCUGACGCAGUCGAGGAGGCUCAGAGACUCGCUGCCUCUGGUCAGCCGCGGAGAGAUCGUCUGUUUGGCGACGAGGAGGUGCCGAGCGCAUGGCACAAGCACAACAUUGUUCAUGACACCUUCGCCGCCUUUGUGCACUACAACGUACCCUGGAAGGAACACUUUGAUGGCGACUGGCAACGUACCUGGUGGGGCGGCAUAGCGGGCAAGGACAUUGUCGAAGAUGUCCGCGACCACGUCGAGGCCACUGGACGCCUGCGCAGAGCCGAUCUCAUGGUGCCCAGGCCCGCUGCCCGCCCUGCUGAGGGCGCCAUUGACGGUACAACUGCUGAAGGGUCCGAGCAGGGAGAGCCAGGGGAGGAGACGCCCGGCUCGUUGGCGUUCACUGACCUCUGCGAGCCCGGCUGGCACACCAUCUAGGCGCAUAUCAAUAUGUCUGCAGGAAGGCACGCAUACCAAUAUACCCUCAGUGUAACAUGCUGUAAUUUCUCUA